CUUAAUACCAAACGACCGCCAUGUUCUCCAUCAACUUGGUACGGCCCGCCAUGACCGUGGCUGCCCCUUUGAGGGUUAGGAUGCUGUCCACAACUUCUUUGUUGUUGAAGAAGAAGAACAUCGAUACCACCCUUCCGACCGUUCCCAAAGGCCCCCCUACGCCCUACACUCUCUGGUUCAAAGACCACAUUGCUAACGUUUCCGAGAAAUACCGUCGUCCCGACGGUAAACUUGACAUGCGAAGACUCACCAACGAGGCUGCCACCGAAUGGGCAUCCUUGACUUCAAGUGUCAAGGCCGAACUUCAAAGCCGAGCCGAUGAGGGCAGGAAGCUUGCGGACAAGGCGUACUUGGAGUUCUGGAACUCUACUACCCCAGAGACAAGGACUGCUAUUGAAAAGGCUACCGGCAAGAAAGUUAGCCCCCCUGGAGGGAAGAAGGCUUUCAAGCAGUCUGUCAAGGAGAGGCCCGGAAACCCCGGAAAGCCUUUGACUCCUUACUUUGCCUUCGCCAAGGAAGUUAGAGAAAGUGGGAAGGUUGAACUGCCCAGUGACCUCGAGGGGAACGUGAGGAAUCAGCAGUUGGCCAGGGAGACUGGUGCUUUGUGGAAGCAGUUGAGCGACUCUGAGAAGCAGAAAUACAAAGACGCGUAUGUGCAGGCCAGGGCUAAAUGGGAUGAAUGGAGACAGACUCAACCCGACCUUUAAGGAUAGUCUUUUGGCGCGGAUCUCUGCCUUGAAGUGUGGGCAGAUACGAUGGAGUCCGGGGCUUUAAGAACAUUUUCGACAGAUGAAUUAGUUAUAUUUGAGUAUCUUUUCAGAAGGUUGGUCAGAUGCACAUCUGCCCCUUACCAUGAUAUGGAGCCUCAAAGCUUCUCA